CCAACUGACUCUGGCUCUCCCUCCACUUGACAGGUCCACUCACUCAACCAUCUUCCAUUACAGACAUUUAGAUCCGAUCUGACGGUGUUGACGACGACAAAGAUGUCUGAAUCGAGGCGAGUCACCGAUGAGAAUGACCCUCCAUCAUCCCCAUUACACCUCUCGGUCCCUUCCACUCCAAUUCGGGGCUUAGCCUCGAGAUUGAUCACUUCAGAAUGUCGAAUACCCACACAAGUCGGCUCAUCAUUCAAAGUCAGAGACUCAAGCUUUACCCUCCCAUCUCCAGCGCAAGGCCUUGAUAUACCUUACGAUCUAUCCUUCCUUUCUCCCGCUACAGACUCGUCCACUCUCCCCCGCGGGAUCCUUCAUCGAACGCUGUCUCGAGCACCUCCCAAUACCCCUGACAGUAGCAACCUAAACGACUCGCCAGAAAACGUCCAGUCAGACCUGAGUGUACGAUUCGACACUUCCAACGGCUCCCUCUUCUCUUCCAAGAGACUCGCUCGAGACCCUACGCCUUACCCUCCACCUCUCCAAUGCGCAGAUUGGCUAUCAACGCAUGAUCAACUUCUUCCCCAACCCAAGUAUAGUGUCGUUCGGCCUUGGCUGAAGGAUAUCCUCAAGCGAACCGCUACAGACCGAUCUGGCUCCAUGCAACUUCCUCUAGACGAAUCUCCCAAUCUUGCCAAUACGAUGCCUCCUCAAACGCCAGAACGAUCCUCAGCUUUCCCAGCAGCGCCAACGACACCGUCUCUAGCCAUCCGCUUGGCCAAUCUCGAUCUUACCGACCUACCGCUCGACCCUCCGUCCCUCUCGCCCACUGAGACGAGUGGAUCCGACCCGCGAGUGCAAGACUUGUCGCGCCUCACCUGGUCACAGGUGGAGCUCGACGUGGACGACCCCGAUUGGAGCUUUGAACCUAUCAUGAGUGGUCAAGACGCUCUGGCGGCGUUGUGUGACUACACCUCGGACGACGACGACAGUGAGUCUGACGGGGAGAAGGUCGAAAGCGGCCACGAGGUACAAGGCGAGGACAUAGUCAUCCAUCUAGAGUCCCCAGCGCUCGACCUUGAGCGGCCAUCACCUCAGCCUGAAUACCGAUUAGGAUCUCCGAUCCGCUUGAAGGCCUCUACAUCACGGUUACCUCUCAAGUUCGCUUCUCCCUUCCCGUCUUCGUUUGAGGAUCGCGAUUCGGAUACAGCACCAUCCCCAUUUGAGCCUUUCUAUGCGUAUCGCCGAGCCGACUCGGACCAAUGAUCCGUCAUGUGUCGGUGAACGGCCUUUCGCUAGCCGUAGCAGGCCAGUAGCUCAACUCGAGACUACUUGCUCCCCUCCUGGAAUCGAGC